UACAGUCUACUCGCAGAGAAAACAAAAGUUGGAAUAUUAAUGGGACCGAAUCUUCCGUGGGCGAAUGUGCAAAGAGGCGAAAACGCUUGCAACCGUUUUAAAGAUGGCUGCAUUGGUGAAGCGGAUUUCGCCACCAGGUUGGCUUCAUUUCAAGAACUGGCUCUUGGUAAGCACCCGUGACAUUCAGAAAGGCAACUUCAAAAGAAGGAAGACAAAACUUUCAUCAAAACGUAUAUUUGAACUCGUAACAGAGGACAUCUUGAUUGUUCCACCCAAACCACCAAAGGAUGUGUCCUGUUCCAAGUAUAAAAAAAUAAACGGAAUGUAUGACGAGGAAGUGUCUAAUCCAUAUUUUGAGUUUCGGAACAAACUCUGCCAAGACUUUUUAGCAAGGGAUGAGAAUUUCUUCAUCUGUCACAGAAACCCUGUUACAGCAAAGACGAUAUAUGAAUAUAAGCUUACGAUGAAAGAGAAAGGUUUUCGUCUGCAUUUUGGAAUGACCAACAAUCUGUUGAGGAAGAAUAUACCCGGCACUAAGUUUGAAGCACUGGCUCCUUACCUUGCAUCUCACAACGUUCUGAUCACGAGUCGGAAUCCUGAGGAAGCAGACUUCAGAAAGUUGCCAGCAGUCCUCAGAAAAAUGCCAGAGUUCAUCUUAUUAGGUGGCUAUAUUGAUGGGAUAUUAUUAUCAAGAGAGGGCAUAACACAAUAUACAAAACUCCCAGACAAAGAAAUUAGUCACAGUGAAACAGCCGGUAUAUUGAGUCUUGUGGCUGGUGGAAAAACAUCAUCUUUAUUGUACUCUCAUGCACAAACUCUUGGUGUCAAUCUAAAGCAGUAUGAAAAACAGUUACGUGGGGACGAGGAGAAUGAUUCAUGAUAAUGUCUUGUUGUUUACUUAGGUGAUGUUGGAGGUUAUUUUUAUUAAAAGAAGAAAACCUACAGACA